CUCGAAAAUCGUCGCAUGAUUAAGUUCACUCCCCAUUUGUGCCAGAAAUCUCAAGGCGGUUAGUCGCAGUCCCAGAAAAGACCUAAAAAGGGUAAUUUUUCUCUAAAAUGUCUGACGAAACAGCCCUUCUUGACGAACAACACCCCGUCUAUGGACCAUUCUUCGGUGUCAUGGGGGCAGCUGCUGCUAUCACCUUCACAUCUCUUGGUGCAGCUUAUGGUACAGCAAAAUCAGGCACAGGAAUUGCCGCAAUGGCUGUAAUGCGACCGGAAUUAAUCAUGAAAUGUAUAAUUCCUGUUGUAAUGGCUGGUAUCAUUGCAAUUUACGGUUUGGUCAUUGCAAUUCUUAUCGUGGGAGGAAUCAACCAGCCUGCUAACUACACCAUUUUCAAAGGUUUUCUUCAUUUAGGUGCAGGUUUGGCUGUAGGCUUUGCAGGAAUGGCUGCAGGUUUUGCCAUAGGAAUUGUAGGUGAUUCUGGAGUGCGUGGAACAGCCCAGCAGCCCAGGCUGUUCGUAGGGAUGAUUCUUAUUUUGAUUUUCGCUGAGGUUUUAGGACUUUAUGGACUUAUUGUAGCUGUUUUCUUGUAUGCUAAGGCUAAUUAAGAAUUUAUAUGUUCCUUCAAAAUUCAAAUCUAUUUUAAGUAAGUAAGUUUUACGGAAUAAUUUUUUUGAAAAAUCUGUAAAUAUACUUAUCUGCCUGAUGUAAAAUAAAGUAUUUUCUAUAA